GGCGGCGGCAGGGACAUGGAGCCCGGGGCCGGGGGCUGGGGCGCCGCGCGCGGGCAGGGGGCCGGGCCCCCGGGCGGCCAGCCGCCUCGGGAGCAGGAGCGGAAGCUGGGGCAGGAGAAGCUCUCCGGCUUGGUGAAGAGCGUCCACCGACGGCUCCGCAAGAAGUACCGGCAAGUUGGAGACUUUGAUAAGAUCUGGCGAGAGCAUUGUGAGGAUGAAGAAACACUCUGUGAAUAUGCUGUUGCAAUGAAAAAUCUUGCAGAUAAUCAUUGGGCAAAAACUUGUGAAGGAGAAGGUCGGAUUGAAUGGUGUUGCAGUGUAUGCAGAGAAUAUUUCCAAAAUGGUGGAAAGAGGAAAGCCCUUGAAAAAGAUGAAAAAAGAGCUGUACUUGCUGCUAAAGGUACACCAGCCUUAAGUGUUAAUGAUUCAUCUAAAUUUGAAGAUCAUUUAACCAACUUCAGCUUUACAAAUCCUGAAUAUAUAACUGAGUUGCUUCAACCCUCAGGAAAGAUCAGAUUACUUGAUGUUGGCAGCUGCUUUAAUCCAUUUUUAAAAUUUGAAGAAUUUCUGACUGUUGGCAUAGACAUUGUACCUGCUGUGGAGAGUGUCUAUAAAUGUGACUUCCUGAACCUGCAGCUUCAGCAGCCACUUCAACUUGCACAAGAUACAAUAGAUGCCUUUUUGAAACAGCUGAAAAACCCAAUUGAUUCUCUUCCUGGAGAGCUUUUUCAUGUAGUUGUUUUUUCUCUCCUUCUUUCUUAUUUCCCAUCACCUUAUCAGCGGUGGAUUUGUUGCAAAAAAGCCCAUGAACUUUUAGUAUUAAAUGGACUGUUACUCAUCAUUACUCCUGACUCCUCUCAUCAGAAUCGACAUGCUAUGAUGAUGAAAAGCUGGAAAAUUGCUAUAGAGUCUCUUGGCUUUAAACGUUUCAAGUAUUCAAAAUUUUCUCAUAUGCAUCUAAUGGCUUUUAGGAAAAUCUCUCUAAAAACUACUAUUGACUUGGUUAGCAGAAACUAUCCAGGAAUGUUAUAUAUUCCACAAGAUUUCAACAGUGUAGAAGAUGAGGAAUACUCCAAUCCUUCCAGUUAUGUCCGGUCUGAUAUAGAAGAUGAACAGCUGGCUUACAGUUUCACGGAGCUUCCUGAUGCUCCAUAUGACUCAGAUUCCGGAGAAAGUCAAGCAAGCUCAAUUCCUUUCUAUGAGCUAGAAGAUCCCAUAUUACUUUUAAGUUAAUAGUA